AUGAGUCGCAAAACUGAAAAUGGACAUGGUGGUCAAGAUUCCCAAACCAGCAAAAAUCCUGCCGACAAAUCUUGGCUGGCUUACAUCCUGAUUAACUACCGAUGGGUCUUUGUUUGCUUUUUCCUGCUUCCCCUCUCCCUUGUUUAUGACAUUUACCACUUGGCACGCAGCUGGAUUAUUUUCAAGCUGAAUUCAGCUCCCAAGAAGCAUGAUGAGCGUGUUAAAUUUGUUCAGAAACAGGUAAGAGAAUGGAAUCAACAAGGUAGAAACACUCCCAUGUGCACAGCUCGUCCAGGAUGGCAGACUAUCAGUUUCAGGCAGCCCAAAUACAAAAAGACUUUGUUCAAUGUCAAAGUCAAUUUGAUGGAUGUCUUGGAAAUUGACACUGAAAGAAAAACUGUUCGUGUGGAGCCCUUGGUUUCCAUGGGACAGCUCUCGGCAACUUUAAAUCCACUCGGUUGGACGAUUCCCAUUCUACCAGAAAUGGACGAUUUAACAGUUGGAGGAUUAAUUAUGGGAACAGGCAUAGAAACGUCGUCGCACAAACACGGCCUAUUCCAGCACAUUUGCGUGUCUUUCGAACUAGUCGUAGCCGACGGUUCUGUCGUUAAAUGCUCCAAGGAGGAAAACAGUGAUCUGUAUUAUGCGAUUCCUUGGUCGUAUGGAACUCUGGGAUUCCUGACCGCCGUCGAAAUUGAAAUUGUUCCUUCGUUGCAAUUUGUGCGAUUGGAGUACAAAUCGGUGAGCUCCCUGGAUGAAGCUUGCCGCGUUUUUGAAGAAGAAACGCUGAAAGAAGAAAACAAUCAGUUUGUAGAAGGGCUCAUGUUUAGCCUAAAUCGUGGCGUUAUUAUGACUGCAAACAUGGUCAACUCUGCCGAACCGGGCAAGCUGAAUGUCAUCAGCAGGUGGUACAAGCCGUGGUUUUUCAAGCACGUUGAAUCAUUUUGGGGCCUUGAAGAAACUCAAGUCGAAUAUAUUCCUACACGUGAUUAUUUUCACCGCCAUUCACGAAGCAUCUUUUGGGAGAUUCAGGAUAUUAUUCCAUUUGGAAAUCAUCCCGUGUUCCGCUAUUUGUUCGGGUGGAUGGUGCCACCUAAAGUCUCGCUACUUAAAUUGACUCAAGGAGAUACUGUCAAGGAACUCUACGAAAAUAACCAUUUCAUUCAGGAUAUGUUGGUUCCCAUGUCUACCUUGAAAGAUGCUCUUCUUUGCUUUGAAAAGGAAGUGAAGAUCUAUCCUGUAUGGCUCUGCCCUUUUAAACUUCCAAAGGCACCUGGAAUGCUUCGCUCCCCCAGUGGUAAGCAGGAGCUGUACGUUGAUAUCGGUACUUACGGAGUACCGAAAGUGCGUAACUUCCAUCCAGUUGAGACAACCCGACGAGUGGAGAGUUUUGUUCGAAGUGUUAAAGGAUUUCAGAUGCUUUAUGCCGAUUCUUACAUGACUGAAGAGGAAUUCCAUUCCAUGUUUGAUCACACUCUUUACAAUCAAAUGCGGAAGAAAUAUGAUUGUGACAAGGCUUUCCCUCGUGUCUAUGGUAAAGUUUCCCGUGCAGCUCGAGAUUAGCGCGUGCAGGUUAUUCAUCCUGCCGUUGCACCUGUGAGUAUCGGUUUUGCUGUACUCAUGAUUUCAAUCUUUUGUACUCGAUGGCAAUUUUACAUAUUCAAUAAGUAGAAUAUACAAUCACUGUCAAGUAUA